AUGACCUCCUACCCAUACCAUCCACACCCCUCCCAUCCAGCUUCCACAAGCUCUCCUUCUGCUCCCUCUCCCUCCCCCAGUCAGAGAACCCUAAGAAUCGCCGUCCCAGAUUCUCCUUCCUACUCCCGCUCCCGCUCCCGCCCCCCUAGCCCUAGCCCCAUCUACCCUCCUACCUCUUAUCCUCAGCGCGAAACCGCCAACAUGGCCGGGGCAAACGAGAGCCGGUGUGGACGCCCCUGGGCUGCCCAUGAUAAUGGUGAUGGUGGUGGUGGUGGUUCUGGUGAUACCUCUAGUAUCCAAGAGGACCUCCACUUCACGGUGAAACUGUCGGACACGGACACAGGGGCAAUUACCAGUCCUCAUGCUGAGGCCAGUGGCACUGGUAGUGGUAGCUAUUCGAGCCAGCAAGGAUGGGGAGCUCGCGAAGGGGAUCAAGAUGCGGAACAACAAUCUGGAAACCACGACGAUGGUAGCAGUAAUGACCAGGGAUGGUUCCGCACGGCGGUGUACGGCUUGGAGGGCUUGAAUAGGUUGAGAAGCCCCAGGGGCAACGAUACUACUUCUGACCAGGGGCAGCGUCUGUACAGCACGCCCAAGACGACAAUCUGCGGUGCCUGUGGUCGAGAUAGACAGCUUGAGCAUGAUUGGAGGAACUACUACCGAGCAAAGUGUUCAAAGGUUGUCGACGAGGAAUCGGAGGAAAUAAGCUCAAAUGGAGAGAAGACGACAGGUAACCCAGAUACCGUCGCCUCUGCCUCUGAGGAGAAGUACCGAGUGGCGACACAUAAUGAGGAGGAAUGGGGGAGUGAUCGCCGGGAUAAAGGGACCGAGACAGCCAGGUACAUCAACAAACCCCUUUUCCUCAUGAACCACGUCCGUAACUCCCCAGCUGUGGAAUAG